CCAAACAGCUAAGACCCAGGGAAGAGAAACACAGCUGAGACGUGACCAUGUUUUUGCUUGUCAGUUGCUUGGCUCUUGUGGCCUCCACAUUGGGCUGUGGAUCACCUGCUAUCAGGCCCCAAGUGAGCGGAUACAACAAGAUUGUAAAUGGGCAGAAUGCUGUUUCUGGGUCCUGGCCCUGGCAGGUGUCACUUCAGGAUGGUAGUGGAUUCCACUUCUGUGGAGGAUCCCUGAUCAGCCAGUACUGGGUUGUCACUGCUGCUCAUUGCCGUGUGUCUCCAAGAAGCCAUCGUGUUAUCCUGGGAGAGCAUGACCGUCAGUACAACAGUGAGCAAAUUCAGGUCAAGUCAAUCUCCAAGGCUAUCACUCACCCCUACUACAACAGCCAGAACUUCAACAACGACAUCACCCUCCUGAAGCUGUCAUCCCCCGCACAGAUGACAUCCCGUAUCUCACCUGUGUGCCUGGCCUCCUCCAGCACCAGCAUCCCCUCUGGAACCACAUGUGUGACCACCGGAUGGGGCAGAACUGGCCAAACCUCAAGCCCCCGCUACCUCCAGCAGACUGCCUUGCCUCUGCUUAGCCCUGCUCAGUGCAAGGACUACUGGGGUUACAAUAGAAUCACAGAUGCCAUGAUCUGUGCUGGUGCUUCUGGAGUGUCUUCCUGUCAGGGUGACUCUGGUGGCCCUCUGGUCUGUGAGAACGGUGGAGUGUGGUCCCUCGUGGGUAUUGUGUCCUGGGGCACCUCUAACUGCAACGUGCGCACCCCUGCCGUGUACGCACGUGUGUCCUACCUGCGCAGCUGGAUUGACCAGACUGUUGCUUACAACUAAUGUGCAAACACACAAAACCUGCAACCUACAAGUGCAUGUUUUCCUACAGUUCACAAUGCUGUUCCUCAAUGUGAUCAUUGUGUGACGCAUGCACAAAGAUGCUGACUUUGUUUUAAAGCAACUGCUCACUGUACUUUGGUGCAUUCAAGAGGGUGAUGCAUAAAAAGUAACUCUUAAAAACACCAA